AUGCCCUUCAAGCAUUUAGGACCAACACAAAUCAUUCACAUACUAAAGAAUUCUAACACAGUCAAUACGGCAAUGGGCUUUCGUUUACCUGGUAUCAGAAAGACAUUAUUAGCAGCAAAUCAAGCAUCUUCAAAAGUGGUGGAUGCGCCCAAGGGCUAUCUUGCAGUCUAUGUGGGAGAGAAAAUGAAGCGGUUCAUGAUCCCCAUCUCAUACUUGAACCAACCUUCAUUUCAAGACUUGUUGAGUCAAGCUGAGGAAGAGUUUGGAUAUGAUCAUCCCAUGGGUGGCCUUACAAUUCCUUGCAGCGAAGAUGUAUUCCAACUUAUAACUUCUUGCUUGAAUGGACAUUAA